CAUCUCUCGAAAAGUGCCAUGCACACAUCUUUAGAAAAGUGACAUGCUUGCGGUUUAUUAAAAAACGAUACGAUGGACAAGUUUGUAACCAGAAACGCAAAGCAGAGUCAACAGGAGAUGAACCAUCGUGCAGAGAUGAAGAGAAGCAGCAAGCAGUGAAAAGAAAAUUUCGUCCAGAAAGGCUGCGUUUAUUUGACUGGCUGCAUGAAAAAGAUGGCUGUGCAUUUUGUGUAGCUUGUUCAAAAGCGGUAAUCAACCAUAGCAGCCACCUAAAGGCCCAUCAAAGAACAUCAAGCCAUAUCAAAUGUUAUGAGGCGCGCAAAAAACAAUUUACUCUGGAAAAAUUUUACGAUGCGGAACAACAAAAACAGCAGCAGCAAGUUAAAAAUGCAGAGUUAACAUUGGUCAUAUUCUGCAUCACCCACAAUUUACCAUUUUUACUUAUGGACUUCCUAGCAGCUUUGCUUGUAGAAUGUUGUCCGGACUCUGCGAUUGCUAAGCUCAUUAAAUGUGGAAGAACCAAAUCAGUUGCAAUAACUGAACAUAUUUCCAAGCAGGCUAGUGAGCAAAUUUUUCCAAUUUUGAGAAACACGAAAUUUUCCCUUAUUGUGGAUGAAACGACCGACGUUUCUAUGAUUGAAAGUCUUGAUCUUGUGGCGAGCAACUUUAUUAAACACGAAUUGUUCCACAAUGAUGUUGACGUUAAUUUCAAAGACAAAUGCAAUCACAGAUCAGUUGCUGAUAUUUUUAUUGGAACCAAGGCAGAGCUAUUCAUGAAAGGCAAUUUGUGUUCUGAUGAGAUAAUUGAGGUGAAAAUGAAGGCGCUUUUGUUCUAUAUUGAGUUUUUAGACCAACUGAAAGCUAGAUUUGAUUUUAACCGUGAGGACAUAAAGAUGUUGCAAAUUAUUACAUCAUCAAAGGUCCUAUCGACACAAGAUUUACAGAUCCUUCCUCUCGUUCUUCAAUUCGCACAUCUGGUCGAUGAAUUUUAAUUUUUUUUAUAAAGAUAGAUAAGAAGA